UCGCACCAACAACUCCAACUCCCUCACAGCGCAACACAGACCUCACAAGCACAUCUGCCGUCUCAUCUCGUCUCACCGCUCGUCCAGUGAACUCGAGGCAAAACCCAGCAGAAGCUCACGAGCGAAGCAGCAGGCCGAGCAAAUCAAUGGCGAUGGCACCGUCAGCAUCCGUCGUCUCCUUCUCCGCCCGCCCGUCCGCUGCGCUCCGGCCGCGCGCCGCCUCCGUCACCGCGGGAGCUGGCGGGCGGGUCCGCGCCGGGGCGCCCAAGGGAGGCAAGUGGUGGGCGCCGCUGGUCGGGUGGUCCGGGCGGGCGGACUACAUGGAGGCCGCAGCGCCGACGCGGGUGGUCGAGCAGGAGGAGGAGAAGACGUUCGUCGGCCUGACGGAGGAGAAGGCGCGGCAGCUGCGGGCUCGGAUGUCGGAGAUGGAGAGCUUCCACGACGCCAUGUACCACUCCGCCAUCGCGUCCCGCCUCGCCCGCUCCACCUAGGAGAACCAGCCACCAACCAACGAACCCGCCGACACCACCAGACAGCCGCUGUUCAGUGCGCUUGUACAUAGCCAUGUUCUCGCCGUGCUGUAAUCAUGGAGGAGACGCUAGAUGUGAAUACGGGAGGGGUCUGGUUUUAGGAUUGUAGUCCCUCCCCGAUCUUCUCUUUUACUCUUUUGUAAUUACACACUAUGUGCAAAUGUUUCCAUGUAAAUCCCCCUGAAGAUCUGAAAAAAAGUAUGUCGCCAUAACCA